GAGGCUGUUUGCAGGUAUCUUGCCUCUGUUCUCAUUUGCAACUCACACCUCACUGAGUUGGACCUGAGUGAAAAUCCCCUGGGGGACACAGGGGUGAAGUAUCUCUGUGAUGGUCUCAGACAUUCCAACUGUAAAGUGGAGAAACUAGACUUGAGCACAUGUUACCACACAGAUGCUAGCUGUGUAGAGCUCUCUUCUUUCUUGCAAGUGAGUCAGACUUUGAAAGAACUAUUUGUGUUUGCCGGUGUCUUGGGGGACACAGGAGUACAGCAUCUUUGCGAAGGUCUACAGCAUGCGAAGGGUAUAAUUGAGUAUUUUGUGCUUUCCAAAUGUUCCCUUUCUGCAGCUUGUUGUGAGCCCCUUGCCCAAGUCCUGAUCUCCACCCGGAGCCUGACGAAGCUGCUUCUAAUUAAUAACAAAAUUGAAGAUUUGGGAGUGAAACUGCUAUGUGAAGGAUUAAAACAGCCUGACUGUCAGUUAAAGGAUCUGGUAUUGUGGACCUGUCACCUGACUGAGGCAUGUUGUCAGGAUUUGUGCAAUGCACUCUACACCAAUGAACACCUGAGAGUCCUUGACCUCAGUGACAAUGCCUUAGGGGAUGAGGGCAUGCAGGUGCUGUGUGAAGGGCUGAAACACCCCUGCUGCAAACUACAGACUUUGUGGUUAGCAGAAUGUCAUCUCAUGGAUGCGUGCUGUGGAGCACUCACCUCUGUCUUCAAUGGAAAUGAGAACCUAACCCUGCUAGACUUAAGUGGAAAUGGCCUCAAGGAUUUUGGAGUGCAAAUGCUGUGUGAUGCACUGAUUCAUCCAAUAUGUAAACUUCAGACAUUCUACAUUCAUACGGAUUACUUACGUGAAGAUACAUUUAGAAAGAUGGAAGUUUUAAAAAUGAGCAAGCCUGGAAUCACUUGGUAGUUUCCAAGGGGAGCCCCUGAAUUGACUGCAUAUAAGACCCCCUCUAUCUGGCACCAUCUUUAACAGUUGUUCAGUAUUAUUUUUCCAAACCUGUUAACCUUUCUUGAGGAUGCUAGUGUAAAACAAGCAUCAGUGAUUAUUAUUUCUUACAUAGAACCAUCCACUAAGUAGGAUGUAAAAGGCAGGAGCAUCUUAGUUCGAAUGUCUUCAGCAAUAAUACCUGACAUUCAUAUAUUGUUUUAAAGUGUUUACUAUGCUUUCACAAGAACCCUCAAAGGUGGGUAAAUGAGGCUUAGAGAGGUGUGACUAGCUCCAGAUCCCACAGCUCAUUAAUAAGAGUUGAGACUGGAAUCCAGUCAAGUCUCCCAACACCCAGAUCAUGCAGGGAAACAGAAAAAGACACAUGAAUAAGUCCAUUUAAUGGAACAAGAUACUUAAAAUGGUUAAAGGACAAGAGAGUGUACAAACAGUUGUUCUAGCUUAUGGUGUUGAUUUUAAGUAAACUUGUAAUUCACAAAAGAGAGAAAAAGGAGCUGGAUUAAUAGGGAAAGUCCUCAUGGAGGAGGUGAGACCUGAUAUGGGCCUUGAAGAACGAGUAGGAUUGAGAUAGUUGAAGAUAUACUGGCCAGUGGCUUUAAAACUGCAGGGCAACAGGGCUGUGCUUGUGAGCAGCUCACCAAAACCUACAGAGACUGAAAUGUUUGCAUUAGAAUUUCUUGAGCUGCCACAGAAUCCAUAAUCCUAGGUUCCUGAGGGUGCUGUCCAGUUCCCAGUCUCAACUUCCUUUCUGAGCUUUUAAUACUUCACGAAUGUCUUUGUAUUUGUUCAUGAGCUCCUAAGACUGACUCAGUCCUCAUCCCUGAAAGCAUCUUGCAUAGCCUGGCACAGAUCCUACACAACCUCGAGUUUCUAGCUCUGCCUAGCUUCCACAAAACACCAGAAAAUACAGGUGGAGAAAAGGAGUUCCAGGCAAGGUAAAUAGCACAAUCAAGUCAAUGAAAUAGAAGCAAAUGUCGUAUGGGAUCAACAGAAAGUGGGCUGACCUCAUUAAAGUGUAGCGUUGUCUCUGGAAACUCCUUAACUAGCUGUGUGAUCCUCAACAACUCACUUAGACUCCUGGAAGCUCAGUUUUCUCAUCUAUAAAAUGGGGACAAAUUGACAUUAACCUUGCAGGGCUGUUUUCCAACAUGGUGACUACCCCACAGUAGGCAUCAGUUAAUUGCAGUUGUUUGUAUGAGCGUGUAUCUGUAGUAUAACUCAGCUGUGUAGUCUUUGAGCUCCCAGAUUUUCUUGCUGUGUAGUCACUAUGAACUGUGCUUUUGAACUAAAUGUGUGUGCUGGAGGCAGUGAAUCUCGUGGGGAAAGAGACACGCAGUGGGAAGUUAUUCCAGGUGAGAGGUUGUAGAAGAGCCCAGCUGCUCCAUGUCCUCAUCCAUCAUCAUGUACUGUUCCCCACUGCUCUGGGAGAUGGUCUCAGUAAGGAGACCAAGUUUGUUCUGAGAAGAAUGGUCAAGAUAGCAGUUUGUCACUAGUUCUCUCAACUUCUUCUUUCCCUUUAGUUAUUUAACACAUAUUUAUUGAGCAUUUAUGAUGUGUCAGGUUUUGUACUAAGUGUUGGCUUUAUAGAGAUGAAUAUGCUUUUCCUGUGCACUUUCCCUACCAUGAUCUCUGACUGACCUAGUCCGUCUGUCAGUCUGGUAAACAUCUGAUAACACUCAGUCACAUUAAGAACUCAAAGGUAUAAUUUUAAAUGAAAAAUUGAAGUGUGUGUGUGUGUGUGGGGGGGGGUCUAUCCAGUAGGUGUAGAAAAGGAUAUAUAUGCACGUGUAUGUAUGUUUCCAGAAAAUCUAUGGAAGGAUAUAUAUAAGGAAUUGCAUAUGGUGGUGAAUUAGUCUGUUUCUGUUGCUUACAAACAAAAUACAUGGAACUGGGUAAUUUAUAAGAAAAUAAAAUUUAUUGCUUACAGUUUCUGGGGCUGGGAAGUCCAAAGUUCAAGGAACACAUCUGGUGGAGGCAACAGUGACCCCACACAUUGCAAGAUGGUGGAAGCAGAGAGAGAGACUAACCUCCUCAUUCACUCUCCUUUUAAAGUCCUCAGAACCAUGCCCCUGACCAUUAUCAUGUUCCUAGAAUCUAAUCACCUCUUCAAGAACCCACCUUUCAAUUACCCUAAUUGGAUUUCCCACCCUCA